AUGUUCCCUCCCCUCCCGGUACUCUCCGAUUAUGGAAUCUCGCCUAGCCAUGGCUUCCUGCCCGAAGCCCUUCCCUUGACGAGACUCCCGGACCCGUACUACAACAAAUGGGAGGCCAUCGUGGCGAACCUGCAGGCCUUGAUCCUCAGCAGGCGCCUCCGAGGCGUCAUCGACCGUCUCCCUGUGCUCUCCACCGUCGGUCUGGAACACGACGCGGAAUGGCGGAGGGCGUACAGCCUGCUGGUCUUCAUGGCGCACGGUUACAUCUGGGGUGGUGACAGCCCCAGUGACCGCCUCCCGCCCGCCAUCGCCGUGCCUCUCCUGACAGUGUCCAAGAGGCUCGAGGUUCUCCCAGUCGCCACCUACGCUGGCGUGUGUCUGUGGAACUUCAAGCCGCUGUUCGUCGACGAGGGCAUCGACUCGCUCGAGAACCUCGCCACCCUGACGACCUUCACUGGCUCCAUCGACGAGUCUUGGUUCUACCUGGUCUCUGUCGCUAUCGAGGCGCGAGGCGCGCCCAUCAUCCCUCUCAUGUUGACAGCCAUGGCUGCUGCCCGCGACGGUGAUGCAGCUACCGUCACGCGCUGCUUGUGUGCUUUUGCCGAGCGUUUGGAUGAUCUCGGCACCUUGCUACAGCGCAUGCAUGAGAGCUGCGAUCCGACCAUUUUCUACCAUCGCAUCCGGCCGUUCCUCGCGGGCAGCAAGAACAUGGCCGAGGCUGGUCUGCCUAAUGGCGUGCUCUAUGAGCUCGAUGAAUCUGGUCGCGGCGAAUAUCGCCAGUACAGCGGUGGCAGCAAUGCCCAGAGCUCAAUCAUCCAGUUCUUCGACAUCGCACUCGGUAUCGAGCAUCGACCCACUGGCGAGAAGGCCCCUUCCGGCGAUGCGUCUGCUUCCGAGUCUGACGCAAGCCGCGGCAGGGCUCCUGCGCCCAGGCACAAUUUCCUCAUGGAAAUGAGGAAGUACAUGCCCGGCCCUCAUGCGCGCUUUCUGAAUGAUGUCUCCUCCGUGGCCAACAUUCGCGACUUUGUCGAGACGCACGGGCCACGGGACAAGGCACUCCGCGUUGCAUAUGACGCCUGCCUGUCGAUGCUGCGCGCGCUGCGCGACAAGCACAUCGCCAUUGUCACGCGUUACAUCGUGACCCCGAGCCGGGAGGUCCGCGCCCGCAGCCGCAGCCGCAGUCCGGAGGCUGUGAGGCAGCGAGUCAACCUCGCAACCGCGUCACGCCAGGCCCAGCGGCAGACGACCAAGCCUUCACGUGGGCCUCAGGGCAUUGCGCUCGACACGAGCUCGCCAAAAGACGGGAAGAAGGAUCUGACGGGCACGGGCGGCACCCAGCUCAUGUCCUUUUUGAAGCAGGCGCGCGACGAGACGGGAGAGCCGGCCGUCGAGGAGUGGGCUAGAAGGUUCAUGAGCCGAAAGCCGCGCAAGGAAGGAAGGAAUGACUUCUUCCUCGGUAAGGACGAGCUCCCCGUCGAAGAGGUUGAAGUUGCCGGUCUGGCCGGCACUUGGACUAUGGAGGAUGACUUCGGGGGACUAUGUGCCUUUUGA